GGAAAUCAGGCACCUGCUCCAGCUCAAAGUGUGAGAAAAUAUAGCUAUCCGACAGCAGAUAGAUAAGAUCAUCCAAUCUACUACGAAGUAAUUCAAAAUUCUGGGACAGAACAAUGCCAAGAAUUGUUGAAUGUGUGCCGAAUUUUUCGGAGGGUAGAAACAAGGAGGUGAUAGAGGCUAUUGCCAAUGCUAUUGCCUCUACAGAGGGAUGCAACUUGUUGGAUGUUGACCCUGGAGCGUCCACUAAUCGUACUGUGUACACAUUUGUGGGGUCACCAGAGGCCAUUGUAGAGGGCGCCCUUAAUGGAGCUAGGGUGGCUUAUCAAGCUAUUGAUAUGAGGAGACACAAAGGUGAGCAUCCCAGAAUGGGGGCCCUUGAUGUGUGUCCAUUUAUCCCCGUACAGAACGUCACCAUGGAGGAAUGUGUAGAGUGUGCCAAAGAGUUUGGAGAGAAACUUGCCCUAGAACUUGGAGUACCAGUGUAUCUGUAUGCAGAAGCCACGGAAAAUCCAGACAGGAAAUCCCUUCCUUAUAUUCGACAAGGGGAAUAUGAGGGACUGCCAGAAAAGUUAUCACAACCAGAUUGGAAACCAGACUUUGGUUCACCAGAAUUUGUACCGAACUGGGGAGCUACAGUAACCGGUGCCAGGAAUUUCUUGAUUGCGUACAACAUUAACCUCCUGUCUACAAAGGAACAGGCACACAGAAUUGCCCUCAACAUCAGGGAGCAGGGCCGCGGCAAAGAACAGUGCUAUGGAACAGGUUUUGAUGUUGAAGGGAAUUAUGGAACUAAAUGGCAAUACCAGCCUGGUCGACUGAAGCACGUACAGGCCAUUGGUUGGUACCUGGAGGAAGCCAACAUGGCCCAGGUGUCGGUCAACAUCACUGACUAUGAAGUAACCCCCAUACACAAAGUCUAUGAAGAAGUUAAUAAAGAUGCACAGGAUUUAGAUCUAGCUGUGUGUGGGUCACAGAUUGUGGGCCUGAUUCCACUGAAGGCCAUUUUACAAGCUGCUGAGUACUAUAUGAAGAAGGAGAAUUUAUUUAUUCUGGAGGAGGAUCAAAAACUUAGACUGGUAAUUAACAGACUAGGACUUAAUUCCUUAGGACCAUUUAGUCCCAAAGAGAGGAUAAUUGAAUACAUGAUCUCGGACGAUGCUGAUGGUGGACCACUUAUAUCAAUGGAUGUCAGGGAUUUUGUGAUGACUGUUGGCUCCAGGUCCCCUUCCCCCGGGGGAGGUUCUGUAUCAGCCCUUGCAGCAAGUCUUGGUGCCUCCCUUGGAAGUAUGGUGGGGUUCCUGACCUACGGAAAUAAGAAAUAUUACGAGCUGGACAGUAAGAUGAGACAACUGAUCCCUCCGCUGUACAAAGCCAUGAAAGAUCUCAUGCAGUUUGUGGAUGCAGAUGCCGCUGCAUAUAGUGAAUAUAUGUUGGCAACAAAACUGCCAAAAGAGACAGAGGAAGACAGAAUGAUGAGAGAUUAUGCCAUGCAGGAAGGUCUGAAGACAGCGAUUCAGGUUCCACUCACAGUGUCCAGAAUUGCUAAUCAGUUAUGGCCGACCAUCAAAGAAUUAGCUACCAUCUGUAACAUUAACUGCAAAUCUGAUCUGCAGGUUGGAGUAAGAAUGUUGGAGACAGGUGUAUGGGGAACAUUCUACAAUGUAAACACAAACCUGGCCGAUCUAAAGGAUCCAGAAUUCACAACUCAGGUGAAGGAGGAAAUUUCAGCUGCCAUUAAAUACGCACAAGAAGAGUGCGCUGCAAUAUUAAAAAUCCUUGAGGGUCGAAAAGAGUAAAAAAAAAAAUGUGUUCAAAACUAAACUGCAAUAAAACCGUCCAUGUUUGUUUGCCUGCUGAGAAGAUUUGGUUGUUCUGGGAUUUUAUUCAGAUGUGUGAUGUAGUUCUUAGGAUAUUUAGAUAUCAGGAACAGUUGUGUUCAGGAUAUAGUUUUUAUGUAUCUGAUGAAAAUUCUGACUUAUUCAUUAGAUUUUGAAAAUGUGACCAAUUUUAGCCCAAGAAGUCUGUGUGACAGAACAUCUAUAACUUUUUUGUUCAGUUCAAGAAUUUUUAAAUUUAGUUCAACCUUUUUUGCAUUCAUUAUUUUGUACAUUUAAGAAAAAAAAUUAUUAGGGUUCUUAAAAUGUUUAGGGUAUAUUUUUUGGUUUAGUUAUUACAGUGUAGUCUCUUAUUUAACAAAAAUAUAAACCUCCAAGUUUUGAAAUCUAUUUUAAUUUUGUAUAUUGAAGUCGCAGAAUUUGUCAAUUAUUAAGGAUAAGUCAUAAUAAGAAAUGUGUUUGCAUGACCAGUAAUGAUUCACCUUUGAAAAUGAUAAGUUCACCAACAGCUCUGUUUGAAUAAGCUUAUGGUGAAUUUUGCUUGCUUAGGGUGUGUUCUUGCUAUUUUGAGUUGUUAAGCCUUAAUUCAGCCAUAAUACUGUACCUUUAGAAUAUUUUCCUACAUGUAUGCCUUUGCCACCUCCAAAGUAUUUAAAACAUCCAAUGUUUUUUCACAACUGAAAGACAGUCACCUCCUGAGGCAUGAACAAAAUUCAUGAUCUCAAACUAUUUGUACAUCAAUAUUUGCCAAAAUUUGCUAAAUUGAGUUUUUCUAAAUUUUGAAUCCAAGAAAAACUGUCAGAAAGACAAAUUCACACCAUGUACAACACCUAAUCCAUUAAUUAAAAUAAGGUACUUUGGUCUGCAAACCUACAAUCAUUACAUCUAUGUGUAUUAAUCAGAGGUGAGCAGAUCAAAGGAUCUAAUUUUAAUGACAUUGUACUGCACUGUACAAUGUACAUGUAUGCAUCCAAUCAAGAUGAAUGUAGCUCAGUAAUCUAAGAAUUUAUUCCUUGAAUUGAUUUGAUACACUUAAGAGGUAAAGCUCAUCUGUGACACAUGACAUUUGCAUUUUUUGAUGUAUGCUUUUUUUUAAUUGUUGAUGUGCAUUUUCUCCCUUUUGCAAUAUUUUGGAAUACAGUGUGUGUGCUGUGCUAAUGUGGUUUGAAAAGGCUUUAACCAUAGAAUUACAAUCUAAUUGUAUAUAAACUUGGCUUAUGGUCAGAAGCUUUUAAUUUACAGAAUUUGAAAAGGACAGAGUAGUUUUAGACACAAAAGUAAAUUUUACCAAACCAUGUGUGAACCAUGUGAGAAAUCCAUUUUUACUUGAAAUGCCAGCAUAUGGUAGUGCUUUUUUUCUUUAAAACUGCUGUUUGUUUAUAUUGUUUUGUUUUUGUUUAUACAUGUAUUUACAGAUGGUGGUUGUUGAGUAGUGUUAUGAAUUAGCAUCAUAAUAUUUUUUUUAUUAAUGAUGGAAACACAUCAUACUCUGUUUCGUAAAUAACAUUUUAUUCAAAACAUUAUAUUGUUAUGUUAUAUUUAUAAAGAUAUAUAUCUAUUAAAGUUUUAUGAACAUAUAAAAACGGACCAAAUGGUGAGGGUAACAAAUGUGAUAAACAGUAUUCUAUGAUUUAUUUUAUCAAUUUUAUAAUGCAAAUAUUAAAUUAUUACCAGGUUAACUGGUGGUCAGUAACAAUAAGUGGCCUUUUUUUUUUUUUUUUUUUUUUUUAAAUUUUUUCAUUUAGAUUUCCACUUUGUCUAUGCUGGAUA